AUGCACGAUUGUAUCUUGCCAUUUUCACACAGUGCUCAUACUGGUAGCUGUAUUGAAUGCUGUGCUAGUGAUACAUUUGUUGAAUUUGUCAAAUUAAAUAUUAACUUUGCAGAAUUGUUGGAUCUGGAUCCUUUAUCCUUAUCGGCUUUGAAUAACAAAGCAUUUGAGUCAUUAUACAAUUUCAAUUUUCUCAAUUCAAUACAGACACAGGUAUUUUUUUGUUUGUAUCAAACUGAUCAAAAUGCACUGAUUGGAGCACCGACUGGUUCUGGAAAAACUUUUUGUGCUGAACUAGCAAUGUUCCGUACUUUUAACUUGUUUCCUGACAAAAAGUGUGUAUAUAUUGCACCAUUAAAAGCGUUGGUACGUGAACGCUUCUGCGAUUGGUCUCAAAAAUUUCGAAGUCUUAAUAUAAGAACAGUGGAACUCACUGGUGAUCAUACUCCAGAUAUCCAGAGUUUAAAAUUAGCUCAAGUCAUAAUUACGACACCUGAGAAAUGGGAUGGGAUUACACGUAGCUGGGAACUUCGUCAGUAUGUUAAAGAUGUUGUUCUCGUAAUUGUUGAUGAAAUCCAUUUGCUUGGUGUUGAGAGAGGAUCUGUAUUGGAGGCCAUUAUUACUAGACUUAAACUGAUGACUGCGAAACAGCGGCAUAUAAAUAAUAUUCGCGUGAUAGGUCUUUCUACUGCUCUUGCAAAUGCAGGCGAUGUUGCGGAGUGGUUAAAUGUUUCUAAUGAGGGACUUUUCAAUUUUCCACCAAAUGUACGACCUGUACCCAUUGAAGUACAUAUUUCUGGUUUCCCAGGUCAGUAUUAUUGCCCUCGAAUGGCUUUGAUGGAUCGACCAGCUUAUAGGGCAAUCAAAAGUUACUCCCCCUUCAAGCCAGUACUGGUGUUUGUGGCGUCACGGCGACAAACACGAUUAACGGCCAUGGCUUUUAUGUCCCAGCUUGCCACCGAAGAGGACCCUAAACAAUGGCUUAACAUGGAUGCAGAAGAGCUUGAACAGUUGAUUUCUAUUAUCAAGGAUGAUAAUUUGAAAUUGGUACUACCAUUUGGUAUUGGAUUGCAUCACGCUGGUUUGCAGCAGUAUGAAAAGAAUAUCAUCGAACAGCUUUACGUUGAAAAGAAAAUUCAAGUAUUGGUAACUACGGCAACUUUGGCAUGGGGCAUCAAUAUGCCUGCACAUUUGGUUAUUAUCAAGGGAACUGAAUAUUACGAUGGAAAAUCUCACACGUAUGUUGAUUUUCCAGUUACAGAUAUUUUGCAAAUGAUAGGUCGCGCUGGUCGACCUCAGUUUGAUAAUAUAGCCAUUGCUGUAAUAUUUGUUCAUGACAUCAAGAAAAAUUUUUACAAACGUUUUCUUUAUGAGCCUUUUCCUGUCGAAUCAAGUUUGCUUUCUUCUUUGCCAAAUCAUAUAAACGCAGAAAUAUAUGCUGGAACCAUUACUUCCAAGCAAGAUGUUGUACAAUAUAUUGCUAAUACCUAUUUUUAUCGUCGUAUUUUAGCAAAUCCAGGUUAUUACUGCGUUGAAAAUGCAACACCGAGAGCAUUGACACAGUUUCUUGUUAAAGUUGUUGAUAGGUGUCUCGAAGAGCUUCAGCUUUCCAAAUGUAUUGAUAUUUAUGAAGAAGAUGACAACCUUAUCUCGACAUCUCUGGGAAUUAUUGCGAGUUUAUAUUAUCUAGAUCAUAAAACUGUUCGAUUUUUUGCCAGUAAUAUAACGUCCUCGAUAACAAUUGAUGGGCUUGUUAAAGUUUUAGCUGACUGUCCAGAAUACGAUGAGAUUCCGGUCCGACAUAACGAAGAUCAAGUUAAUGCGCAACUUCAAAAUAUUCUAUCAUGUGAUUUAUCGGCUGGUUCUGCGAUGAAUUCGCCCCAUACGAAGGCGUUUCUUAUGUUAAUGGCUCAUUUUACUCAUUUGGAACUAGGAACUGAUUUUGCUAGCGACCAACAUUCAAUGUUAGACCAGUGCAUUCGAAUUAUUAAUGCUAUGAUGGACAUGAGCCUUCUACAAAAAUGGUUGUCGACCUCUCUUUCUGUUGUUAUAUUGAUGCAAAUGAUCAUCCAAGGAACUUGGCAUCUAAAUCACCCUUUACUAAUUAUUCCACAUUUCACCGAGGGACUUAUACAUAAAAUUGGGCAUUAUGAUUCCACGAUUCCAUUGCUUAAGAAUAAGCUUGGCUUAGAUCAAAGGUUUGUGGAAAAAGCGAAAAAACAAGCCAUUAGGGAGAUUUUACGAACUAAGUCUAUCAAUGAAAGAGAAGCAGCUGAGGCCGUAGAUGCUCUUUUAAAGUGGCCAGUACUGCAACCAAGAAAUUGCAUUUUGAGUAGUGCAACUGAAACAUUUCAAAUUGAUUAUUUGCAAGAUGAAGUAAAUGCUGACUAUAUCAAAGUGAAGUCUAGUGCAAGAUAUACUGUUUUGUUCACAUUUGAGUCGAUUGGUCCAUACGAGUCUGAAACGGACGCAUUCUGUCCCCGUUUUGAUAAGGAAAGGAAAGCUGGUUGGAUUGCAAUUAUUGGCGAGAAAGAUACUGGUGAAGUGUUGUGCUGUAAAAGAAUACUACCCAUAGUUGGUUCGAAAAAAAUUAUUCUUUCAUUCCAAAUGCCGAGACAGCUUGGUCGGCAUAUUUUCACGAUGUUCGUUAUGUCGGAUUCGUAUAUUGGUAUCGAUCAGGAAUACAAUCUUUAUUGUGAUAUAGUGGAAAAAACGUGGAACUAUUGA